AUGUUCUCAUGUUGUGGAGGUGAGAAAGAGGACUCCAAUCAAGAUACAACCUCAAAUAAAGCUAAAACCGCACCACCACGAGGACCCACGAAUGUCGUCGGAGGAGGAGGAGGAGGAGGGGGAGGAGGAGAAGUAAGCCUGUUUGCCCCUGAUGACGUGACAUAUGACGUCAUAACUUUAAUAUUUGUUCUAGGUGGUACCAUAGGAGACCCGAGGAGCAGUUCAGCAGUUAGAACCGGGGCUCCUGUAAAAGCAUUACCAAUUGAAGCACCAAAAUUAGCAUUGGCUGAUUUGAAGAAGAUGACUGGUAAUUUCGGUUCACGUGCUUUGAUUGGAGACGGUUCUUACUGUCAAGUUUACUAUGCAAAGCUAAGUGAUGAGCAAGAAGCAAUAAUAAAGAAGUUGGACACCGGCUCUUCACCAGAGCCCGACACUGAAUUUACAAACCAGUUAUCAGUAGUUUCAAGACUUAAGAAUGAACAUAUUAUUGAAUUGCUCGGUUAUUGCUUGGAGGAAAACAACCGACUCUUGGUAUACGAGUAUGCACCCAUGGGUUCUUUGCAUGAUGUAUUACACGGUAAAAAGGGUGUAGAAGGGGCUGCCCCUGGCCCGCUUCUCACAUGGGCCCAACGAGCUAAAAUUGCUUAUGGUGCAGCAAGGGGUCUAGAGUAUUUACAUGAAAAGGUUCAACCACCUAUUGUUCAUCGUGAUAUUCGGUCCAGCAAUGUCCUACUGUUCAAUGAUUGCCAAUCCAAAAUAGGUGAUUUCAACUUGAGCAAUCCUUCAGACACUGCAGCUCACUUGCAUUCAACAAGAGUUUUGGGAACAUUUGGCUACCAUGCUCCAGAGUACGCGAUGACAGGGCAAGUAAGCCAGAAGAGUGAUGUUUACAGUUUAGGGGUUGUUCUAUUAGAACUUUUAACGGGAAGGAAACCGGUGGAUCAUACAUUGCCCAAAGGAGAACAGAGUCUUGUUACUUGGGUGUGUCUUGCUACUAGUAAUCCUUUUAACACCCUCUCAUUUACAUCAAAAUUGCAGUUUUUUUCUUCUUCUUUUUGUGUGACAUUGCAAUAUCUUUUUUUGGAUUAGUUGCAAAAUGGUGGCUUCCCUAACCGGUCAAAAUGGAUUGAUGCCAUAACAUGCAAUUUUAGCAUGGGUCGGGUUGGGCCACCAGUAGG